CAGAUAGACACACGCUUACAGUAUGGUCUUUCAAGUUGUGCCGCAUCUCCUGAGGCUUGGAUGGAAGUUCUCCAACAUUCAAAUCCCGCCACACCUCACUAGAAGACUCACGAUACUCUAUGCUCUUGCCUCGGGUUUCGCUUCCGCUAAUCUCUCUUACAGUCAGCCUAUUUUAGACGUCCUCGCUGAUGACUUCAGGGUAUCGUUGGCAAAAAUAGCUAACGUGCCGACAAUGGCCCAGGCGGGGAAUGCCAUUGGAUUGUUCAUGAUCCUACCACUGGCCGACUUCUUCCCAAGGCGCCAAUUCACGCUAAUCUUGAUGGGACUAACGACGAUAUUCUGGCUUGGCGCGUGCUGCUCAAACGAGUAUACUCCGUUUGUAGCGUUCACUUUUCUAUCUGCGCUAUUCACUCCAGUCACGCAACUACUGCUCCCUCUGGUAUCGGAAUUGUCUACGUCACGGAAUCGCGCAUUCAACUUGUCGAUAAUGAGUACCGGUCCUACACUCGGCAUCUUUCUCGGCCGUGUCAUAUCUGGCCUCAUUACUGACCAUACGUCUUGGCGAAAUGUAUACUGGCUCGCUCUCGGUCUCCAGUUGCUUGUACUUUUCCUGCUUAUGAUUUUCAUGCCAGAAUACGGCACUAUCAACUCUGUCGCCAUUUUACAGCUGGUUAAGACAUAUCACAACAUUUUAUGGUCAAUUCCCACUCUCUAUUACAAACACCCAAUUCUGGUCCAAGCAGGAUUGUUGUCUUUCUCGACCUUUUUUGCGGUUUCAUCUUUCUGGACAAAUGUUACAUUCUUGCUUGCCGGACCGAUCUAUAACUAUACUUCCAGCCAAAUCGGCCUCCUUGGCCUGAUUGGUCUCGCAACCAUGUUCGCGGCUCCGUUCUGUGGUAAAUACCUCGUUCAACCACUUGGCGAACCGCUGUAUUCCGCAGCGGUAGGCAAAAGCGUCAGUCUAGUCGGUGUCAUUCUAGGAACCUUUCUUGGCACACACUCGAUUGCCGGUCCUAUAUUGGAAGCGCUUCUUCUUGAUAUUGGCCUGGUAAUACUGCAGAUCUCGAAUAGAGUCUCACUGCAUCCACUGGAGCCACAGAUGCGAAAUCGGGUUAACACGGCGUUUGUGAUUAUCUUAUAUCUCGGUCAGCUUGUUGGAACGAAGGCAGGAACACUCGUUUAUUCCCAGUAUGGUGGUUGGAUAGCAUCAGGAGGACUGAGUAUCGCUGUUCUCGUGCUUGGGUACGUGAUAAUUGGUCUCAGAGGCCCACAUGCUCGUGGGUGGAUAGGCUGGCGUAGUGUGUAAAUGUUAUGACUGGCGGUCAUAGCAAAUGUAACCAUUAAAUUGGUGCGGAUAUUGGCAACAAAGAAUGGGUCGGGACCUGUUCCUGACAGCAAGAGCCUUAGGCGAAGGGAAUCGCUG